AUGGAAACGACGUUACAUCUCCCAGAGGUGUUAUUGACGGAGAUUCAAGCUAGGUUACCGUUCAGAAGCAUCUCGAAAUUCAAAUGCGUUUGCAAAACAUGGAAAACGACACUCGAAUCACUGUAUUUCCGGCGUCUCUAUUUAUCUCUGCGCCAAAACAGAGGUUCCUCUUGGUCGUUACUGUGCGGGGUAAAAGAACUGAUAGGCGAGACAUGGGAUCUUCCAAAGUCUUUAGCUUCUUAUAUCCCACCGCCUUUUCUAGGCAUCUCGGCUUCUUCCAAUGGACUGGUUUUGGUCGAAAGAUAUUCUGAUUGUGCUUCCUGCUUUGUGGGCAAUCCAGUAUUACAACAGUGGGUCGAAAUCCCUCCCCCUCCACAUAGGUCUGAUGUGUUUGGUUUGGUAACGCGCGUGGACCCGGAGUGCGGCGCCGUUUUGGGGUUCAAAGUGGUUAGGUUAGCUGCAGUGGUACCGAUCAAGGCAAGUCCUGGUGCAUUAAUGAGCUCGACUUAUUUGAGUUUGUGCGUUUAUUCGUCUGAUACAGGGGUUUGGACUUCCGAGGGACUUUACUGCCCUCGUUACAUCUCCAACCGCGCUGCUAUGACUCUGAAUGGGAUGAUUUAUCUAUCCCAAACUCAACCUGGAGUACUUAUAUCUCAUGAUUUCUAUGCUGAAUCUGACCAAUGUUCCCUUACACCUCUCCCUGACCCGUUUCAUUCCAACCUCAACGAAAGAGCCGCCUUGACUACGUCCAGAGGCUUCGUCAUGUACAUCAAAACAUUAGGUCAGAAUAGGCUCAAGGUUUGGAGGUUGGUCAAGGAUUCCGGUGAUGCCUGUUGGCAACUUUUGUGGGAUGUCUGCCUCCCAUUCACCCUCGGCUCUCACGCCCCCAUGGCAGUGCAUCCGUUUGAUGCUGAUAUUGUCUAUAUAUGGAGUCAACAUAGUCAUCGUUUAGUGUCGUGUAACUUGAGGACACAAAACUAUGGAAUCCUGGGAGCCGGAGAUGAUGAUGAUGCCCAUCAAAACUUUUUCAUGAACCACUCUGUGUGUGACGAGAAUAUCGAUGAGAUAUGGAGUUUCAGAUCAUCAGAUUGGGACUUUGGACCUUCGAUCGAUUUAUCCCAAUUCGUGCCCCCACUCUGGAUGGACUCGGUACCUCGUCCUCCCCAAGUUGAGAUGAUGGACACAACUUCACUGCUCUCUUACAUUAAGAGGACACAAAAUGAGGCCGGUUAG